GUCGCAUUAGGAAUCCUGGUCCUCCACUCGCCGCCUCUCGCACCAUGAGCAUCAUCGCUCUCUCUCCCGUGGCCCCCGAGCCCCCCUCCCCGAUGCUGACCUCCGUCACCCCCGUCACCCCGACCCCGGACCUCCGAGUCUCCUCGCCCCUUGCCGGGAACUCCGCCGAUCCCCUCAGCCCCGAUCCGGAGCAGAGACCACAGGAUGGGGCCUCCUCGCCGGGCCCCGGGCCCUCCGGGGGAGGAGUCCACCUGGGGAGAGACCCCUCCCACAGGUCGAGGAAACCUCCGCCUCUGAACACCGGCGCCGACUGGAAGGUGGUCCUCCACCUGCCGGAGAUCGAAAAGUGGCUGAGGGCGACGGGCGAGCGCGUCACGCAGCUGUCUCACUCCGUGGGUCAGGACAGCGACAGCAGACACGUGGACGUCCACCUGGUGCAGCUCAAGGACAUCUGUGAGGACAUCUCGGACCAUGUGGAGCAGAUUCACGCCCUGCUGGAGACCGAGUUCUCCCUGAAACUCCUCUCCUACUCCGUGAACAUCAUCGUCGACAUCAGGACGGUGCAGCUGCUGUGGCACCAGCUGAGAGUCUCGGUCCUGGUCCUGAAGGAGCGUCUGCUGCAGGGUCUGCAGGACUCCAACGGAAACUUCACCCGGCAGACCGACAUCCUGCAGGCCUUCAGCCAGGACCAGCAGCAGACUCGUCUGGACGCUCUGACGGAGGUGGACGACUGCGGCCAGCUGACCAUCCGCUGCAGCCAGGACUACUUCUCUCUGGACUGCGGCAUCACCGCCUUCGAGCUCAGUGACUACAGUCCGAGCGACGAGCCCGAGGCCCAGGAGGCGGAGCCUGAAGGCGGGGAGGCGGAGCCUGAGGCCCAGGAGUCGGAUCACACCCAAAACCCCACCCAGGAGGGCAGGAGCUCCCCCCUGGCGGACCAGCAGCUUCACACCAGUCUACCUGAGCUCUGCGCUGCUCCCGACCCGUCCGCUUCCCAACACAGCCACAGCGAGAGCGCCAAGCGCCCCCUGCAGGGCGUCAGCCUCAGCACCGACGUGUCCCCCACCCAGCCGUCCCUCCCCAAGAGGGCCGCCCUCUUCUCGGAGGGGGGAUCCAGAGCGCGGGACUCGGGCGGCGCUUUGAGGAAGGCCAGCCCGCUCUCCGGACUGCAGUUCCAGGCCGAGCUGAGCCGGAGCACGCCGUCGCUCAUGGACCCUCCGGACCGCUCCAAGUUCUGGCUGGAACUGGACUCGGUCUAUCCGGAGAAUGUGUCGCAGUCCUACGAGAGCCUGCAGGUCAUGAACGGGCGAAACCUGCACAGAAACCGGGCCGGCUCCAGACGCGCGGGGCGCCCGGAGGGGGGCGCGCACCGGCCGGCGCCCGAGCGGAGGAGCUCGUCUGGGGCCAGACCCACCGCCGCCGCCCCCCCGCCUCCCCGCCACGGAGCGCCCGGCCAAAUGGAGAGGCCUCGCCGGAAGACACACGCACACAGUGAGGGGGACUCGGACUCCUCCCCGCCCUCCCCCAUGAGGGAGCAGCUCCUCUCCUCAGACAUGGAGGCGUCCGGAGAGGACUCGGACCCCCGACCGCCGCCCGGCAAGACGGCGGUCUGGAUCGUGAAGCACCAGGAGCGAAAAGGUUCCUCCAAAUCCAGCCCGGACAGGGAGCACUGGUACGGGUCGGAGGAGUUCCUGGCUCUGCCCGCUCAGCUCCGCAAGACAGAGAUGCUGGCCAUGAAGCUGGAGAGUCUGUCUCACUCCGUCCCGUCGAGGCCGGGAGACUUUACCCAGGAGGCUUUGCAGGACGUGGACGACUGGGAUUUGACGGACUGGGAGGUCGGCGAGGGCGUAGACAACGGGAGCAGCGUGGGAGAGAGCGGGGAUGAGAUUCCGUCUCCUCUACCGUCACUGCCGCCCUACCGACGGACCCUGGCCUCCCGCUUCAGCCCCACCUCCUCCAGCGACAUCGCCCCGUCGCUGGACGACAGCAUCGAGUCCGGCCCGCUCAGCGACCUGCAGUCGGAGGACGACGAGGGCCGCAGGUCCGCCGACCGCCCCCCCCUCCGGCCCGCGGCGCCCCCUGUGGACGGGCGCGGGUGCGCCGCGCUGGUGCAGCAGCUGCUGGAGGACAUCCAGAGCCAGGACCGGGACCCCCACGUGUGGAGGAAGAUCGAGUGUUUGGUGCAGCAGUUGGACGGGUUCAUCUCGUGGCUGCAGGAGGCGCUGGACAGCACGGAGAACUGGACGCAGCCCAGACAGGACCUGGACAGCCUGAGGGUGUACCUGGACACACACCUGACGUUCAAGCUGAACGUGGACAGUCGCAGCGCCCUGAAGGAGAGCAUCAUGGAGGAGGGCAAGGCCCUGCUGUCUGUCAUCACCUGCCACCAGUCAGGACUGAAGGAAAUCCUCCAGAUGGUUUCCAGCCAAUGGGAUCAGCUCCAGCGGCAGAUCCGGCGCCAGCACGGCUGGAUGCUCCGCGCCCUGCGCUGCAUCCAGGCCCGCCUCCUCUACACCAGCCAGUCGCACCACCUCUUCCUGGCCCCUGGCGACCCGGCGGCCGGGCGGCAGCCUGCGUGCCCGGCGGACGGCCUGAAGGCGGACCUGUUCUCCAGUCAGUGUGAAGCCCAGCGCGCCGCCCUGGAGCAGAUGGCCAUCAAACUGAGCAGCCUGCACUACCCCUCGUCCACCAGCAGGAGGCACUGCAGUCAGCUGGCGAGGAACAACAGUCUGCAGGAGUUUGAGGCAGAAUACCAGGAGCUGUGGGAUUGGCUGAUGGACAUGGACGCCAUGGUGACGGACAGCCAUCAGCUGAUGAUGUCCGAGGAGCAGAGACAUCACCUCUUCAAGAGCAGCCACGCUGAGCUGAUGAUGAUGGAGAGCAGGAAGAGCAGCCUGCUGGGCCGAGCCGAGUCCCUGAAGAGGAGCGGCUCCGAGCUGCCCGCCAACUUCCACUGCAAGAUACACAACCUGACACACACCUGGGGCCAGCUGGAGAAAAUCCUGUCGGAGCACUCGCGGCCCGGCUCUUCCCCGCCGCCGGCGGGCGGGAGGGGGCGUCCUCCGGGGACGAGCGGCGCUCGGCCCUGUCGCCGCCUCACCAACUCGCUGCUGGAGCAGCUGGAGGCUCGGAUCAAGGAGCUGAAGGCCUGGCUGAGAGACACCGAGCUGCUCAUCUUCAACUCCUGUCUCCGGCAGGACAAGGACGCCGCGCAGCAGCUCACCUGCUUCAAGGCGCUGUGUUCCGAGGUGCGAGCCCGACGCCGAGGAGUGGCCUCCGUCCUGAAGCUGUGCCAGAAGCUGCUGCAGCAGAGUCAGUCGGGCCCCAUGGCCGAGGUGGGCCCCGACGCGGAGCAGCACCGGGAGGCCCUGCAGCUGCUGUCAAUCAACCUGGAGAGGCGGUGGGAGGCGAUCGUGAUGCAGGCGCUGCAGUGGCAGAACAGACUGAAGCGCGAGCUGGGAGAGCAGCAGGUUCCCGGGAACUUUCUGGAACCGGGGCUGGUGGACCUCCACCACAUCAGCCCGGCGUCGGCCGGACACGUGGCGCCGCCGCCGGACGACUCCUGGGAGUGGGACGAAACCGACAUGACAAUCACAGAGGCGGAGCCUCACGAAGACCCGGAGCCCGACCUCACGCACAACCUCCCCACCGGGCCGGACCCGCCUCCGGGCGGCUUCCCGUCCAACGGGAACCGGGCGGGGACCAAUCGGAGCACGGGGAUCGCCUCCGGCGUCGAGCCGCGGCACAACGCCACCUCCGGAACUCCCCCCGCCAACAACAACAACAACAUCUACCAGGUGUACAGCCUCCACCGCGUGGAGCUGUACCGCCAGCCGCACUUCCCGCAGUCUUCCUCCUUGACGCACAAAACCAAACCGAGCAAACGGAAACUGCUGCUGAAGAGUCUCAGCAAGGACUCCUCCUUCUCCUCCAUGGACUCGCUCCCCGACCUGCUGGGCGGCUUGAUGGCCAGCGGCCGAGGAGGCGAGCGGCCCGGCGGCGAGAGCGGCGGGUCGCCCAGCAGCCGCCGCUCAGAGAGCGAGAGUGGGAUCGAUACCGGAGACACCGAGACCACGACCACCUGCUCCGAAAACCCGGGGGAGGAGGAGGAGGAGGAGGAGGAGGAGAGGGCGGAGUCUGGAUCGGGGCUCCACCAAGACAACGGCACCAACCACACAGACAAGAUGGAAGCAAGAGGGAAGGAGAAAGGGAGGCGAGACGACAUGAAAAGAAACCGAGAGGAGGAGAAGAGGAGGAGGUGCAGGAGAGGAGGAGGAGAAGCGGUGGAGAUCCUCAUUAACGGACGAGGGAUUUUGACUCCGGCCGAUUCCGACUCCGACCUCGAGGCCGGAGUUCCUCAGCCGUACGGCGACUUCACCGGGCUGAAGGCCGACCGGUUCAUCAGUCUGGAGACGCCUCCGGCUCCCAGCCAGCAGGAGUCCAGUCCGGUCCUGUCCCAGACCUCGUCCCUGGAGUCCCUCCUGGCUCCGGGCGUGGAGCUGUUCCCCUCCAAAGACCCGCUGCAGCGGAGCGCCUCCCUGGAGAGCUGCCUGCUGCCCUGUCGCAGCGACGCCGGCGGGAGCCUCGCCAGCCUGGGGGAGCUGGAUUUGGGGCAGAGAGGAGGUGGAGAUACAGGAGGAGAACCGGGACAGGACGGGAGCGCCGGGGACGAGCCGGGCGAGCCGACCUCCGGGGAGUUGAGCCGGAGAACCCUGGACCUCCUCAAGCGACUGGAGAACAUCCAGAGCCCUCUAGUGGCCAAGAUGACCCGCAGCGUGUCGGACAUGACGCUGCGGAGCAGCUCCCCGCCGAGGAGCCGCCUCCACGCCUCGCCCUCGCUCGGCGGGCCUCACGCGCCGCUCUCAGCCAUUUCCGGCUCGCCGCGGAGAGGACCGCCGUCGCUCAUCAACGAAAGCUCGGCCACGGCGUCGCUGACGGAGCUGAGCAGCGCCGAGGACUCGUCUCUGGGGUCCGAAGACAUCGCCGGACUGGGGAACCAGCGGCGGCUUCUCCUCGACCCCACCGCCAACGCCAACGCCGCCACCUACAGGAAGCAGGGAAGCAGCAGGCUGGGUCUGGACGAAGGAGACGGCGCCAGUCUCAGCAUGGUGGUCAACGUUUCGGCGUGCACGGACGAAGACGAGGACGACAGCGACCUCCUGUCCUCCUCCACCCUCACGCUCACCGAGGAGGAGCUGGGCAUCCGCGACGAGGAGGACGAGGAUGAGGCGGAGGAGAGGCUCAGCGGCGUCUCCUCUGGAAACGAAGAGGACGACGAUGAGGAGGAGAUGGAGGGCUCCUACGUUCUGGGGCUGGAGUACAUGAAGCGGGAGCUGCAGAGCUGGAUCCGGCCUCCUCGCACCUCCUCCAAAACAGAGGCGGACCUCCGGGACGAGCUCCAGUGUGGGAGUCACCUGUCGCCCUCCUUCCAGAAGGAGCAGCGCUGCUUCCUGAACCGCUCGUCCGCGAAGGCGACGGAGAACAACGGCGGCGGCGAGAAGACGACGAGAGAAAAGGAGGAGGAGGAGAAGAACCGCAGGAAUGCCACGAGGAGCUACAUCAGCCAGUUCGUGGACGACGUGGAGAACGGAAACGUGGAGCAGAGCUGCGUCCGGGCGAAGGACGAGGACGACGAGCUCCUCCGGGAGGAGUCCAGCGUCUUCACCAAGAAGGGGGAGUCGGUGCGGGAGGCGUACGCCUUCGGAGAGCCGGUUCUGGACGUGGGCAACGGGAGGGUGCAGCCUCCGGCCUGCCAGCCGCACCCCUUCGCUUCCAAACGCGCCUCCUCGCUGGUGGGGGAGCUGCGGGGCGAGCUGCCCUGCCACAGCUGCUCCGCCCCCUCGCCCCCCUCCCUCUCCCCCGUGGAGGACUGCGGCAGCCGGAAGGCCAUCACCAUCCAGGAGAAGUUCAAGUUCUCCUCCGUCGUGACGGAGGAGACCAAACGGGAGGUCCGAGACAAGAACUCCGCCUUGCCUCCGAAGAAGUGGCACUCCUCGUCCUGCUGCAGGCACCUCCCCUCGCCGUCCAGCCUCCAGCCCCGCAGCGUAGCCGAGGGCAAGGCGGAGAACGUGCACGACUUCGUCAUGGAGAUCAUCGACCUGACCUCGGUGGCGCUGAAGAGCAAAGAGACGGAGGAGCAGCGGGAGUCCGGCGCCGAGCCGAGUCCUGCUUCGCUCACUCACAUCAGAGAGAAGGUGCUGGAGCACUCCCACCGCCCCCUCCUGCUGCGUAAAGGAGACUUCUACUCCUACCUGUCGCUGUCGUCUCAUGACAGUGACUGUGGUGAAGUGUCUCAGUGCUCCGAGGAGAAGAGUUCCACUCCGGUUCCGUACAGCGUCCCGUCCUACUCGUCCAGUCCCACCCGGGGCCUCAGCAGCCCGAGCCCCCCCGACCCCCCCGACCCCUCCGACCCGGCUGUGCGGGCCCUGGACCUGACGUCCCCGGCCGAGCCGGGCAGCCCCCCCCUGUCCGUCCCCCCGAGCCCGGACAUCCGGGACGAGGAGACGCUGUUCGCCGCCUGCACGGAGGAGGUGUACCUGGGCCCGCCGCUCUGCUACAGCAUCGCCCCGGCCAGGAAGCCCCGCCGCGGCCCGCAGGAGGGGCGCUCCCCGCCGCCCCCUGCUGGCUGUGGACCAGACGACAGCCGGGGGGGUCCGGAGGCGGCGCUGAGCUACCUGUCUGUGCUGGAUGAAAACCAGGAUCGGCUGUACUUCCAGGCCUCCUCCCCCUCCCCCCAGGACCGUGAGCCCGGCCCGCCCCCGCCCCCGCCCCCGCCCCCCCCUCGGGGUGAGGACCUGUACCUCCUGUGUGAUGCUGCAGCCGGGGAGGAAGUGGCGGCCGCUGUGAGUGUCAGCUCGCCGCAGGAGGAGAGGAGUCGUAAUGAGGGGCCUCCUUAUCUUAAUCCCCGGGCGCGUGUCGCCCCGAUAGACUCCUCCGCCGCCGAAUGUUUGGCAGAUACUAAAACGCUUGAAUCCAAUAUGGGCGCCGUAAUGACCAAGAUAAGUGUCGGCAACUCCGCUACAAAUCCCUCAAAAGAGCCAGCCGCCGCCGCCACGCGUAUUAAUCCCAAAAUUAACUGCUCGCCGAUGAGAGCGGCUGAUAGCGAGGAUGAGGAGGGGAGGAGGAAGAGGCGGGGGGAGGAGGAUGCUCGGCGGGUGAAGCGGGAGGAGAAGGGGAGGAGAGGAUGGAGUGGCUCGCAGCAGGAAGCGGCGGCGAAGCAGGUGAGCUCCAAGUCAGCUGUCAAUCAUCCGUCCAGACCCGCCCAGGGGCGGAGCCAGACGUCUGCGAGACCGCCCACUUCCAGAGCGGGACCAGUCAGGAGACCCCCCAUGUCGGCAGCAGGGACCUCCAGGAUCCAGCUGUAG